UGAAUGUGACCUUAGCGGAGUUUCGGAAGUUUGUUGGGUUUAUAUUUACACUCAGCCUAUACCUUCCGUUUAUUAAUGAGAAAUCUAACCUAAUUUUUGAUGAAAACCCCGACUUCUACCUUGCCUUUUGAUUGCGACAUUAGUGAGCCUGCAAGAGUUCCUCUUGUUUAUGAUGGCGCACAUGCUGAAACCCCUUGUGGUAAUUACGCAGAAGCCAUUCGUCUUUUAAAAGAUGCUGUAAAUGAAAGUUUAUACACUUGGGAGACAUUUCCUGUGCACUUGCCCAAAUCUGUCUUGUCCCUGUCUGCUAAUGAAGAUUCUUCCAUUUUGGAUGUAUUCCGUGAUAACGAAGUCGAAAAGUGUGAAGCGUCUGCUAGAAAGUGUUAUCGGGACUUGAAUAAAUUAAACAAAAGCCAACUGCGAGAUGUCCGUACGGAUGCACGCUUUAUCACCCCUUGCAAUACAUUCACAGGCGAGGUACAUUCAUGGAAAAUUUCACCUUGUAUAUUGAAAGGAACUCGUAAUAUUUAUAAGGAUUUCAACAAAGGUUUGUAUACAGCCUUAUCUGUUUUGGUAGUAACAUCUGUGGACUUCAUUGAGAAUCCUAAUUUCUCUAUUUUACGAUCCCUGGCCGACUUAGGUACUACUUUUCGUGCUCUAUUAGAUUUGUUCUUUGGUUGGCCUCAAGUUAACAGUGGUGAUAUAGAUCGUAAACUGUUAGAAGAAAGACUUCGGUUUUUGAUAUGUGACCUUUCAGUCAAAUCCAACCAAAAGAAAAAACUACUGGAAUUUUGGAAUAUAUGCGAAGAAAUAAGCAAGUUAUCGUUUGACACCUGUGAGGAAAAUGCAGGCGAUAUUUCUUUACCGUACCGAUUUUUAACACCAACUCGUAUUUCAGUAGAUCUUCGUCUUCAUGAUCCUGCUUUACUCGAACGUUGUUUACAAGUGGUUGGAGAAUUGAGAAACUCUGUACGAGGGGAUUGGUUUCAAGAUGUUAGAGAAUUUUCUAUUUCACAGUAUCGAGAUGAAAAGAAAUCAGUAUCAGAAAUUAAACGUCUGGUUUUACAAGAUGGUAUGAAGCAGUAUGCAGCUCGAUUAUUUGAUGCUAUGCGUCAUAGUGAAGCACUGUUCCAAAUCAGUCCUGGGAUAGCUGAAGUGUUGAUCCAAGAAGCCUCGUUUAAAUUGAUUUUGGAAGAGGCAAAGGAAAUAUUCUUACAGAAUUGGUUAUCAUAUCGUCAGUCGUUCGAUCAAAGUUUAAGAUUGAACAACCCUAUUUUAUUCAAUACUCCUAGAUGGCGCGCAAGAAAGUGGUACCGUGCAAGACAAGAAUAUCUUCAGGCUCAUAAAUUUGAUAUACAUGAAUAUACUUUGUCGAAAUGUGUUCUGAGUGGAUUGGAGCAGCAUGCUUUUUUAAUUGGCCGUGAUUUAACAUUUCUCAAAGAUCGUGAAUGCUUAUUACGUGAUAAAAUAUCAAAAAGUGCCAGUUUUCCGGACGAGGAGUUUGUGUUUCGGAUUCCACUGAGAUGUCUUCGAAAUGUUUACGUUUAUCGUGAAGAUUUCAGUCUACCUAACCGCUAUCAACUUGUAGAUACAAUAUUGAUUGGUCAUGGUCCGGAGGAAAAUUUGCAGAAACCAAAUCAAGUCCCAGAAAUUAUUCGACAUAUUAAGAGAUACACAAAUCAAAACCGUACCACUGAAUUAAUUCCUUUAAUGUAUCGAUAUCAGCGCAGUUCAUUUGUAAUGAAUAUGUCAAAGACAGAUGAAGAGGAUACUGUUCAGUCUGUUCGACAUUUCUCGUCACCUAGCACUGCAGUAUCGAAUUCAGACUUUCCACAUACUUCAGGUUCUCCAAGUCAUUAUCAUGAACCACUUUUGGGUACUAUAAAUGCGGCUGAGGAGGUGAAUUACUCACGGUUUAAAUAUGUUAUGCAAUCUGCGUUGGUGUUGAAAGCAUCAACACGUUAUUUUAUGUGGCGGUGGCUGGUUUUCUUUUUAUGCACUUAUUCGUGGCUAAUUAGAUCAAUGCAAUGCUUCUUUAUUAUCAUCCCCUUCCAGUCAUAUUUCAGUUAUACAGUACUGUUCAAGGAAACACCAAUUUUUUAUGUAUUCAAAGUUGAAAAAAAUUCUGGUUACGUGUAUUAUGACAAAAAGCAUUAUGUGCACACUAUAACUAGCUUCUUAAAUCAAAUGUGGUCUACAAUGCAUAAAAUUCGUGAGAACUUUGACCAUCGCAAUUCAUCAAGUGGGACUUUACGACGAUAUGUUAGGCGAUCUGUUCAUUGGAUAUGGAUAUUCAUUAUUCGUGGUUUGCUGACAUCCAUAAUUGUAAUAACUAUCUGGCCUAUAUUAUGUAUUCUUUGUUCUACUGCUUCAAUAAUCGUUGGUUUAAUAGCCCUACCAAUAAUACCAUUGAUAUCAUUAUUUGUACAUAUACUUGGUAUAUUAUUUUGGAAUGCAUAUACACCCGUACUUGGAUCCAAUCGUUACCUACCACUUUUCGAAAUCAUCUUUCAUCAAUUCCUACUGAAGACAGUUAUCCAGUUUAUAAUCUGUACACUAUGUGCAUUUAUCUUAUGUCCUCUGUGGUUUCUAGUUCAUCUUGUAUACUCUUUAACCAAAUAUGUAUUGUGUUCCUUAUGGGAUGGUUUUGUAUUUCAUAUUAUAUUCAAAUUAAUAUGUCAUAUACCGUGUAAAGAAAUUUGUUCUAUUAAGCGAGGUAAUGAUCCUGGUACUGUGUCAAAUAUCUGUCUCCUAGCUCGACCUGAAGACAUAUUAAUUGUACUUAGUGUGCAACUGGAACGUUUGGAGUUGAAUUUAUGGAAAAGUCAAAUGGAGUCUAUUGCAAAGAAACCUAUGAAUGUGUAUAAUGAUUUCCUUAAAUCUUUCGCAACACUACCCUUAUCUGCGUUAUCGGAUAACACUAUUGCUGAUUCACUGAAUACAAAAACGCGAUAUUGGCUCAGUCUCGUAGAAGAGAGUUUUGUGAGACGGGCUAAAGCAUUGGGCGUACAUUCGAACUCAAAUUUUUUUAGACGAUUUAAAUUAUCCGACCGAAAUCUAAAGUUAACACUUGAUUCGGGUUCAGAGUUGACCAAAUGUUUUUACAAUUCACGUAUUUUGCGUCGCUUACAUUUAUUAGAACGAUGUGUUACGGAUUGGUGGGCGAAUUUCCAACUCGGUGAAAAUGAUUAUAUGGGAUUGUGUAAUUAUUUGCUAAGAAAUGCAUUCGGAGAACAGUUUUUCAGUUGUAUCACGGAGGAGAACAUUGCAAUACCAUUACAGGUCCGUGAUGCUAGUUUGAGUCAACGUUUCCGUGAGUUGAUGCUUUCAAAUUUUGAGAAUCAAAUUUGUGCUGUUUCAAUACAUUCAGCACCUGGAAAUGGAGGCCAGUCAACCAAUGUGGAAACUGUUGACCAAUUAAAUGGUGAAUGUUGUGGUCUGAUUGAAUUGGAAAAUGAGGAUGAAUCUUUUUCUCUUAACAGUGAUAUUCUUGGUUCUAGAAGUGAAAAACUUUCACAACGCUGCACAGUUAUUGCUGCCCCAAGCAAGAAUAAUUGCAGUAAUAGUAAUAAUGAAAUUUUAAAUUCAGAUUGCCUGGCUACUCUUCAAAAUUUAGUCAGUGAAACAUCACAUGAUUCGAAUAACAUUAUACUCCCCACUAUGUACAACGAUAUUCAUUCUGGUGGAUUUGAAGUUAGCCUGAUGAAACCUUCAGUCAUUGAUCCAGUGUCUCUUAUCCAUUUCGAUUUGCCAAAUUUCCCUUUGUCAGCAUUCGCCCCAAGGUCAAUUAGGUGUCUACCUUCGUCUCUGAAAUCAUAUCCUAAACGAAAAGUAUCAUCUUCUGAUCAAUGUACAUGUGCUAAGAAAUCUAUGAGUUGUUCUUGUAUCGCAUUGACAAAAUCGUCAUUAGAAUCAAAUUUUCGCAAAACUCUGACUGAAACAUGGUCUAAUCAGUCAUUUGAAGUGGAUACUUCAGAAUCAAGUACACUUUUGUUGCCGAUAUCAAAACACAAUCGUCAUCAUUCAUCGUCAAAGCCUUUACUAUCCAUUUGGAGUGUAUUUACCUCAGAGUUUAAUAAUGUCUAUAGUAAUAUUGGUUCUGUAGAACGUGUUAACGAUGACAAUAUUUCUUCGUUGUUAACCGUUGAAUAUGAUGAAAAUCAAUGGUGUUAUUCUGAUGGUUGGUGUUUGUGUAGUGCUACUGAUAUGUCUGAUGUCAACGACAAAUGUACUUUGGCGUUUCAAAACAUUGUUCAGCACAUAGCUCGAGUUUUUCACCCUUGUAUUAUCACAUUGCUUAUGCAUUCAAGAGAUCGUGAGAAUUCUAUUUUGGAUAUGAAUCAUCCGUCGGUACACAAAUUUAUUCGUCAAAUUACACUACCACCGGGUCAAAUGAAGUUGAUGAAGAAGGUUUAUGCAGAAAGAAAUAUUGUCAUGAGUGACUUAACCAGUUAUGCGGAUUCUUCAUUGCAUCAGUCUGUUGGCCAGUAUAACUGUUUUCAUAAAUAUAAUAGCACUGAUGUUAAUACCAUAUCUUUAGACACUGUAAACAAUCCAUUGAAUGAAUUAUCACCAUCGUUUAAGCAACAAAAACAAAAGCUUUCACACCAAAUGUUAAAGUUUCCAAUUUUGAAUGAUGAACUGGUACAAUGCGAUUCAAGGUCACAGCAUAAAUGGUACUCUAAUAUAAAUGUGAAUACUAGUAAUCCGUAUAUCAGUAAUCAGCGUUUGGGUAGUAUUAUGAAUCACUCCUUAUACUUUCAUCCAAAUCGGUCACAGAACACUUCAUAUGAUGUUAUUUUUGAUGUCUCACAAUCUCAGUUACAUUUCAAUACUAUCAAUCAAAUGGCUAAUACUGGUAUCCAUACUAGUGGUAAUCUUGUUGCUGUUACUAAUUCUAAUUUGGCUGAUACUACUACGUAUCAAAAUUCGGGAUGUUAUUGGUCUGGUCUCGAAAUUACCACUAAUAAGUACAAUACCAACAUGGACAAUAGAGAUUAUUCAGGUGGUACACCGACACCGAGUUUGUAUGGUACAGAAGAUGCAGCUACCACAGAUGAUUUGGAGGAAUCUGAGGACAUUAUAUCUAUGUCGAGUAGUAUAAAUCAUUCUGAGCUGGUGGAUAACCUACUUAGCAUAAGCGCACAUGAAGAAAUAAUAAAUGAUGUAAAGAAUACAGCUAUUCGUCCGGUGAACUUUCCUUUGGCCGUACCAGAGUUAUUGACAAUCUCAGCAACCUCUGCAGGCAGUAAUGAUACUCAAAGUCAGUUGGAGAGUGAAAUUAUUGAUGAUUUCUCCUUAAAUGGCCUAACACCUUCGCGGAUAUUGAACCCAGGGCAGUUAUUAUCUUUCCCUGUUGACCCAACGCCGAGCAUUCAGUCAGGUCAGUCGACUUCCAGUGAUCAUUCCUCACAUGACAUCCAUAAACUUUCUUCCGGUGGAUACGCGUCUAGUCCAACCGUUAAUUCUCGUGUGUUCUUUGACAAUAGUCCUGCUGAAACACUAAUUAUUAAUGGUGCAUUUAGUCCUAGCAAUUCAAGUAGUCGUAUAAUACUUCCUCAAGAUUCAGAUGUUCAGUCAACUGAAGAAGUUGAUUCCACUCCAGAGGAGAAUUUACAUCGCGAAAACGGGAUACAAAGAGGUAACGAUGAUGUCAGUCGUCCAGAGCCAGUUGAUCAAACUAAAAACUUUGAAAUGAAUAACGUUUCAUAUGAAGACUGCAGAUGGUGAACAUAAUACUGUACUACUCACAUUGUUGUGAAUUAACAGGCACCUCUGCUGAAUUAUCUGCUUUUUUAUACAUGCAACCAGUUAAAUGAGUAGCAACGCCAUCAUUCGCCAUUUUUAUUAUUAUUAUUAUUAUGGGUAUUGUCAUCGUCUGUCUUUUACGCAAACAUAGAAAAUCAACUGUUUUCUCAACGAAUAUUCGUUCCCAUCUUUUUGAAAAAUUUUAAAGUUUUCAAACCAUCAUGAUUUGCAGUUUAUCUUUCUUAGAGAUCAUGUCUAAUAUAAUAUAAUCAAAUAUAAAUUUUGUUUUACAUGAUCUAAUUUAUAUUUUUUUAGAAAUUUCCUCAAAGUUACACUUUUCAUCAUUUAGUUUUUUGAUUAUAAUAUUCAGUUGAUUGGUUAUAUUUAUAUCGGCCAGCUUGUUUUACCUUGACUACCAAGUUUUUUGUGUUUCACCGGCUUUCUACUUUCUUUAAUGCUUUUAUCACACGUUUAUGCAGAAACUUCUCUUGUUGUCUGAUGAUGUGUUACUAAGCCAGUCACCAUUCAAGUUUCUUUUUAUUUUCUGUGAUUACUUUGUGUGUGUGUGUGUGUGCAACAGAUAAAAUUUCAUAAUAAACAAAUGUUGUAUAAUAUCUCCACUCUGCAUAAGUGGUGUCAGCGCUACGAAUCUUAAUUGGAAUUUUGUUGACUUACAGAUUUCUGUAUUGAGUUAAUGCUUAUUUCUUUUGGAGAAUUGCUUUGUUUUACGCCUCUGAAGUAUUUACGAAUUACGCUAGUUUUCUUUUCCUUUUCUUUUUUCUAUCUUAACCACUACUGUGUAUGUGAGAGAUACUUUAACAGAUCUUUAUUGUUAAAGUUAUGCUGCUAACUAACCCUAAGAGUUUCUGUAAUUUUUGGCGAUUAUUUAUCCUAAAACAUAUCCAUUUGAAAGACAAAAGAAAAUUAGAACAAAGAAUAUUCUUUUCGAGUAUUCCCUCUUCCAGCUCUAUUAUUAUACCUAUGUUUAUAUACACAGAAUAUACUAGAAUAAUCGUCAUUAACAA